AUGAACAAUAGUCCAAUCAAAGUUCUGGUAACAUCAAUCAAUGGUUAUGGGCACUUUAAUGCCGCUCUUGGUGUUGCAAGUUUGUUAUUGGAACGUGGUAAUGAUGUUUAUUUUGCCAAUGUAUUGAAGCAUAAAGACGAAGUUGAAAAAUACGGUUUGAAAUUCAUUGCUCUUGAAGAUUACGAAGAUAGAUUUAAAGAAAUGGAAACGAAAAAUAAAAGUAAAUGGACGGAAAUCGUAGUGGAAAGCAUGCAACUAAAGUUAACUUCGCCUUUAGCUGAAGACGAAAGCUCCAUUGCCUCUAUGUCGCUGGUCUUUGAUGAGCUACAGCUGUUGAAUUCAAGUUUGCAAAAAAUAAUUGAUUCCAUAAACCCAGAUAUUCUGAUUGGUGAUAUUCUUUUUCCUAUUCCACUCUUCUAUCAAUCUUCAAUUCCAAGCAUAUUAUUGUUCUCAGCCAAUCCAUUAACACUUUAUUCGGAGACAACAGGAUUUCCAGCUUCACUGGGUUUAUCUGUCCAUAGUGAUAAAAGUUCGUGGUCAGGCCAUUUAGAAAAGUUAUCAUCAAAAUGUCUAGAAGUAUGCAAGAAAUACUUUCAGUGGUAUUCUUCAUUUGGAAUCAUAACAACUUCUUUUUAUAAUUCGGACAAAUUUCUUGGUAUUUAUAUCUACCCAAAAGCGAUAGACUAUGUUGAAUUAGGAUCGCCGCCUCCAAAUUGGAUUGGCAUAGACUCUUCGAUUCGUACACGUGAUGCAAAAGAAUUUAUUGUUCCACAAUUUAGUACAAAUCAGUCUGGGAAAUUGAUUUACUUGUCAAUGGGGACUUCAGGAUCUCAGAACACAUCUUUCAUGAAGCGUUUACUCAACACUUUUUCUAAGAGUAAACAUCGCUUCAUCGUCUCGAAAGGCUUUAAAGGUGAUGAGUUGGCUUUACCUGAAAACAUGUGGGGCGAUAAUUAUGUCGAUCAAAUCGCUAUCUUACCCAAAGUUGACGUGGUUAUAACUCACGGUGGAAAUAAUUCAUUCGUUGAGUCACUCUUCUUUGGUAAACCAAUGAUUGUAAUUCCGUGUUGCUUUGAUCAACUGGAUAACGCACAAAGGAUUGAAGAUUUGAAACUUGGAUACAGAAUCGAUCCAUUUGGAUAUGAUGAAGAUGAAAUCCAUAAGACUGUUGACGAUUUACUUGAAAAUACCGAGAUUCGCUCAAAAAUUGAGGAAAUUUCAAAACAAAUGAAGACUUCAAAUAACCGAGAAGAAGUGGCGAGAUUGAUUGAAAACAUUGCAAUAACUAAAAAGUAUCCAUUUUGA